UCCCGCCUCAGUGAACAGGCGAAAUCCCCCCUCAGUUAGCGCCGCAAAAACUGUGCGUGUACUUUCGAUUACGGUGCUCCGCGUCCCCCACCCACGGCGGCAUGGCUGUAAUAUCCGGCAGCUCUCCCGCUUCCAAAGGGAACAGGCAGUUUCCUGAGAAGCCAGACGCAGGCGGAGCGCCUGAGGGGAGAGGGAGAGCGCCCGAGAACUUGUGCCCUGACUGCAGCGCCCGCGCCACGUCAUCAUGGCAUCUGGACCCACCAUGACAGAACCCAUUUGUCUAGUGGAAAACCACGGAGAGCAGUUGAAUGUGAAUCGAAAAGCGUUACAGAUUCUUGACAAGAUUUCUCAGCCUGUGAUGGUGGUAGGCAUUGUAGGGCAAUACCGGACAGGAAAAUCCUACCUGUUGAACCGCCUAUUAGGACAAAACCAUGGCUUCCUCCUGGGUUCCACAGUGAAGUCUAAAACCAAAGGUAUUUGGAUGUGGUGUGUACCCCACCCCUCCAAGCUGAACCACACCCUGGUCCUUCUGGACACUGAAGGUCUAGGGAAUAUAGAAAAGGUCGACCCCAAGAAUGACUCAUGGAUCUUUGCCCUGACUGUGCUUCUGAGCAGCACCUUGAUCUACAACAGCAUGGGCACCAUCAACCACCAGGCCCUGGAGCAGCUGCACUAUGUGACUGAACUAUCACAGCUAAUCAGGGCGAAGUCAUCCUCAAAGUUCAGUGGGGUAGACGACUCUGCCAACUUUGUGAGUUUCUUUCCAGAUUUUAUUUGGGCUCUACGAGAUUUCACACUGGAAAUGAAGAUAAAUGGACUCUUCAUAACUGAAGAUGAGUACCUGGAGGAUGCCUUGAAGCUGCUUCCAGGCACAAAUCCCAAAAUCCAGAAUUCCAACAUGCCCAGAGAGUGUAUCAGGCAGUUCUUUCCAAAACGGAAAUGCUUCGUCUUUGACCGGCCUACAAGUGAUAGAAAUCUCUUACUCCAUCUUGAGAAGGUGCCAGAAGACAAGCUAGACAGUACUUUCCAGGACCAAUCAAAGAAAUUCUGUACCUAUAUUUUCAAUCACACAAAGACCAAGACCCUAAGAGAGGGAAUCACUGUCACUGGGAGCCGGCUGGGGACUCUGUUGAUAACCUAUAUGGAUGCCAUCCAUCAUGAAGCAGUUCCUUGCUUGGAGAACGUGGUGACAACUCUGGCUCAGAUUGAGAAUCCAGUGGCCGUGCAGAAGGCAGCUGACCACUACAGAGAGCAGAUGGCCCAGCGAGUGAGGCUGCCCACAGACACACUUCAGGAGCUGUUGGAUGUACAUGCACACUGUGAGAGGGAAGCCAUUGCAGUGUUCAUGGAGUACUCCUUCAAAGACGACAAGCGGGAGUUCCAGAAAAAACUCAUGGAGACCAUAGAGGAAAUCAAGGAAGAUUUCUUGCUGCAGAAUGAAGAUGCAUCUGUCAAAUUUUGCCAGGCACAGCUUAAGCAACUUUCAGAGUCCUUGAUGGAAAGCAUUUCAAGAGGAACUUUCUGUGUUCCUGGAGGAUAUCAUCUUUACUUAGAAGAAAAGGAAAAGGUUGAAUGGGACUAUAACCAAGUGCACAGGAAAGGGGUUAAGGCAAAUGAAGUUCUCCAGCACUUCUUACAGAACCAGGUGGCAGUAGAGAACUCCAUCCUGCAGGGAGAUGUUGUUCUCACCUAUCAGGAGAAGGCCCUAGCAGCUGAAUUAGCUUUGAAGGAGGCAGCUGAGAAGGAAGUAGAGCUUCUAAGUCAGAAAUACAAGGAGCAACAGCAAAAACUGGAGGCUCAAGAGAGAAGCUUCAAGGAAAAUAUAGAGCAACUGAGAGAUAAGUUGGAGAGAGAAAGAGAAAGCCUUCAGAUGGAGCAGGAAAAAAUGUUGAAUCACAAGCUGAAGAUCCAAGAAGAACUUCUUAAUGAAGGAUUCCUACAGAAAUCUGAGGACUUGGAUACAGAGAUAGAGCUACUAAAAAAAGAGAUUGCAGCGGGUGCUAAGCAAGCUAAGGAGGAGGCAGCUGGGAAGAAACUGGAGCUGCUAAGAUGGAAAUACAAGGAGCAACAGCAAAAACUGGAGAUUCAGGAGAGAAGCUUUAAGGAAAACUUAGCCCAACUGAGAGAGAAGUUGGAAAGAGAAAGUGAAAACUUUCAGAGGGAACAGGAAAAAACGUUGAAGCACAAGCUAACGAGCCAUGUCUUGCAAGAAGUUGCUGUGCCCGAGAUCAAAGAGAUGGCUACCUGUGUUCUCCUCUAGGAUUUUGAUGAAUUCCUGUCUCACAUUUAAGUGUUUCAUCCAUUUUGAGUUUAUCUUUGUGUGUGAUGUAAGAGAAUGGUUCAGUUUCAUUCUUCUGCAUAUGACUCUCCAAUUUUCCCAACACCAUUUAUUGAAGAGACUGUCGCUCUCCCAUUGGAUAUUCUCUCCUACUUUGUCAAAGAUAGGUUGAACAUAGAGUUGAGGGUCCAUUUCUGGGCUCUCUAUUUUGUUCCAUUGACCUAUGUGCCUGUUUUUGUGCCAGUACCAUACUGUCUUGAUGAUUACAGCUUUGUAAUAUAGCUCGAAGUCCAGAACUGUGAUGCCUCAAGCUGUGAUUUUUUCAACAUUCCUUUGACUAUUCAGGGUCUUUUCUGGUUCCAUACAAAUUUUAGGAUUGUUCGUUCCAACUCUGUGAAAAAUGUUGAUGGUAUUUUGAUAGGGAUUGCAUUGAAUGUGCAGAUUGCUCUGGGCAGCAUAGACAUUUUAACAGUUUUUAUUAAUAGAGACAUGAAAAAAUGCUCCACAUCACUUGCCAUCAGGGAAAUACAAAUCAAAACCACAAUGAGGUACCACCUUACACCAGUUAGAAUGGACAAAAUUAACAGGACAGGGAACAACAAAUAUUGGCGAGGAUGUGGAGAAAAGGGGACCCUCUUACAAAUGUUGGUGGGAAUGCAAGCUGGUACAGCCACUCUGGAAAACAGUAUGGAGUUUCCUCAAGGAGUUAAAAAUAGAGCUACCCUAUAACCCAACAAUUGUGCUACUGAGUAUUUACCACAAAGAUACAGAUAUAGUGAAAAGAAGGGGCACAUGCACCCCAAUGUUCAUAGCAGCUGUGUCCGCAAUAGCCAUACUGUGGAAAGAGCCAAGAUGUCCUCCAGCAGAUGAAUGGAUAAAGAAGAUGUGGUUCAUAUAUACAAUGGAAUGCUAUUCAGCCAUCAGAAAGGAUGAAUACUCACUUUUUACAUAGACAUGGAUGGAACUGGAGAGCAUUAUGCUAAGUGAAAUAAAUUAGAGAAAGCCAAUUACAUGGUCUUAGUCAUAUGUGGAGUAAAAGGAACAGCACAGAGGAUCAUAGGGGAAGGGAGGGAAAACUAAAUGGGAGGAAAUCAGAGAAAGAGACAAGCCAUGAGAAACUCUUGACUCUGGGAAACAAACUGAGGGUUGUGGAAAGGGAGGUGGGUGGGGAAAGAGGUUACUGGGUGAUGAAUAUUAAGGAAGGCACAUGAUGUGAUGAACACUGGGUGUUACAUGCAACUAAUGAAUCAUUGAACACUAUAUCAAAAACUAAUGAUGGGGGGGGGGAGGACCUGGGUGGCUCAGUAGGUUAAAGCCUCUGCCUUCAGCUCAGGUCAUGAUCCCAGAGUCCUGGGACCGAGCCCCACAUCAGGCUCUCUGCUCAGCGGAGAGCCUGCUUCCCCCUCUCUCUCCGCCUGCCUCUCUGUCUACUUGUGAUCUCUGUCUUUCAAAUAAAUAAAGAAAAUCUUAAAAAACUAA